AUGGCUCCCCACUCGUUCUUCGUAUAUACCUUCCUAACCUUCUCCUUAUCGUUCCAUGGAAUCGCGGCCCUCGAGUACCGAGUGAUCAACGUCGCUGCCGCCACUCCAGGCGGCAUCCGUUUCAACAAUAAGAUCGGAAAUCCCUUCACGAAGCAAAUAAUGGGCACCAUUAACAACUACAUAUGGUCUGCGAUCUUCCAACAAAACGACCCCUCCGACCAAAAGCAAGUAGAUUCCGUCAACACGUACAUCGUAGAGUUCGAUGAAGCCGCGGGGAUCGCGUGGGGCAAUAACAAUAUCAAUGUUAGUUCGAGUUAUAUAAAUGGGCUAGUGGGGGACUUGAAAUGGCAAUUCACGUCGCUUAUGUUGCAUGAGAUGACCCAUGUGUUUCAAUGGAAUGGUGAAGGUACGACGCCUUCAGGGUUGAUAGAAGGGAUCGCGGACUAUACGGUUCUAAGAGCAAACCACACGCAAUGGGGGUUUGCAAAUCCGGGGGAUGGGGAUAGGUGGGACAAAGGGUAUGCUGUGACAGCCCGGUUUCUUGAGUAUUGUGACGGGAUCACCCCGGCCUUUGUGGCGAAACUUAAUAAGUUGAUGAGGGUUACUUAUGACGUUAAGUAUUUUGAAGACUUGACGGGAAAACCCGUUGACCAACUAUGGCAGGAUUACAAGGCUAAAUAUGGACAUUGA